CCUGCUGUUGGUGGGCGUUACAGCAGACACUCCAGCGAGUUGCCUGUACAGUGACGUGCAGGGCAGCUGGACUUUCUACGAGGGCGAGAGGAAUCUCGACAAUACCGCCACCUGCGACUCGUUUGAUGCCGUCCAGACAGUUACGGUCGACUUGACGUAUCCCAACAUCGCUACUGACCAGUUUGGUAACGUGGGCACCUGGACAUUGAUAUACAACCAGGGGUUUGAAGUGACCGUCAACGGCAGGAGCUACUUCGCAUUCUCUUACUACACCUCGGAUAAUGGCACAGUAACUAGUAUCUGCGACCGUACUUUCAAUGGCUGGUCGCAUGACGUCACGCAGAGGCACUGGUCCUGCUACUACGGUGUCAAGAACUCGCCAGUCUCCAAAAAGACCCACGAGGAUCCGUUCGCAGCAAAGCCGAAACUGAUGGCGCAAAUAGUUGACGUUUUGCAGGAGACACGUUUGGUAACUGAAAUAAACAAGUCGCAGAAGUUGUGGAAAGCAAAGGUAUACGAUAAGUUUGUAGGAAUGACAAGAGAAGAGCUCAUUAAUAUGGCUGGAGGCAAAAGCACGUGGCUGGCAGAGAGGCCGGAGCCCGCACCUGUGACGGCGGAGCUGAAGCGACGCGCAUCCUACCUGCCCAGCCAGUGGGACUGGAGGGACGUCGAUGGCGUCAACUACGUGUCGCCCGUCAGGAACCAAGGUAACUGCGGUAGCUGCUUCGCCUUCUCCGCGGCCGGCAUGCUGGAGGCACGCAUCCGCAUCCAGACCAACAGCACGCAGCAGCCCGUAUUCUCCCCGCAGGACGUGGUCAGCUGCAGCCCGCUCGACCAGGGCUGCUCCGGAGGGUUCGCCUACCUCGUGGCCGGCAGAUAUGGCAAGGAUUACGGUCUCGUGGAGGAGUCGUGCAGCCCAUAUGUCGGCAGCAACACGGAAUGUUCCACUAACGUCACCUGUACGCGUCACUACUCCUCUGCCUACGAAUUCAUUGGCGGCUACUACGGUGGCUGCAACGAGGUGCUGAUGCAGGAGGCGCUGAUACAGAACGGUCCACUCUCUGUGGACUUCAUGGUCUACGACGACUUCCGGGCCUACACGAGUGGCGUCUAUAAGCACGUCGAGUCCACCACCAGGUCGGACUUCAACCCGCUCGUGUCCGUGAGCCACUCGGUGCUGCUGGUGGGGUACGGAGUGGACGAGGCCUCUGGAGAGAAGUAUUGGAUCGUCAAGAACAGCUGGGGCGGCGACUGGGGAGACGCCGGCUACUUCAAGAUCCUCAGGGGGACCAACGAGUGCGGCAUCGAGAGCAUUGCUUUCCAGGCGACCCCCAUCCCUGCCUGA